ACUGAGCUGCAACUCUUAACCAUUGCGAAUAUGCAUCUAAUAUAAAGUGCACAUUAUAUUGUGUCUAGUUUACUUAUUUUAAACACUAUGAGACGUUGAUAAAAUGUUGCUUGGAAGUGCGUAAGAAGCCAUGUGGCGCCAUCGCUCGGAAGAGUUCGGCGUUUCCAACAUUAGAUAUUUGUCCAGACACAAAGGAGAGGUGAACUGCUGCGCGUUCUCGCCUGACUGUCAGAUUCUGCUCACCUGCUGUGAUGACGGCAGAUUGUACCUGUGGGAUGGCAAAAGCAGCAAACUCCUGCACACUGUUAGUGGACAUACAGGUCCAGUGAAGUGGUGUGUUUUCUCCAGGGACGGUCAGCUGUUCGCCAGCGCGUCUCAUGACUGUACCGUCAGGAUCUGGCACGGCAGGAGCACAGAAUGUGUACACAUAAUGUCAGCUCACAGUCGGAGUGUGGAGACGGUGAGCUUCAGUCCAGAUGGCAUGUGGUUGGUGUCAGGUGGAUGGGACACCAGGGCACUGAUCUGGAGCGUUCAGACCGGCGAGAUGGUUCAGGAGUUGCGGGGUCACACUGCAGCUGUUCAGAGCAGUGCAUUCUCAUCAGAUUCACAGCGGGUGGCCACGGGCUCCUGGGAUCGUUCUGUAAGAGUGUGGGAGCUACAUGAUGAUAAAGAGGUUGUGACAUUACAGGGACACCUGGGAAAUGUGGCCUGUCUCUGUUUUUCUGUCACCGGGAUCCUGGCCUCGGGUUCAUGGGAUGGAACAGUGCGUGUGUGGAUGCCAGAGCAACACAUGUGUCUGUAUGUACUGGGAGGGCAUGAGCGUGUUUGGGUCAGGAGUCUGGCCUUCUCUGUGGACGGGCUGGUUUUAGCAUCCACGGCAGAGGGUGAUAUGGUGAGGAUCUGGGACAUGGCUAAUGGAAAGUGUCUGAAAUUGUUACAGGGUCAUAAGGACUCAGCAUAUGGGUGUGUGUUCACCCCUGGAGGGGAGCUUCUUACCAGCGGCUCCGACCAGCUGGAUGUAGAUGAGGACAAAGACAAGAUCAUUGAGUGAUGAGGUUACACAGAGAAUACGACAAUAAAGAUGACAGCUUACUGCCCAGUUGAACACACA